CAGUAGACGCGGCGCGUGAGAUUAGACAAUAGAAUAUAAUAACACUUGAUGAUAUUGAAGCUUGCAUGAUACUAAUCGAGACAAUGUUGGAACUCGUGCGGUCAUAGAGCUUUGGUCUCGCGCGGUUGUGGUAUCCUAUGACAAUAGGAAGAGGAAGACAAUAGCUUUAUUGUCGGAAGAGCCACAACAAAAGAAGUGAAUUGAAUGAGUCAAUGAAUAAACAACAACACGUGCUUCCGUUGAAUUUACCGAACCCCCAGAGAGAUCUGAAGUGACCUGGACUCUUUUUCCUGCUCCUCCAUCCUUCCUACAUACUCGACAUCAACAACAACAACUUCUUUCACAACAACCUUCCACUCACAACAUCACCACCACCACCACAACCAAACCACACCACCACAACCACAACCACAACCACCACCACCACCACCACCAACACCACCACCGCCAAGAUGCCUCCUAAAUACGCAAGAGCCCCCUCCACUCCAGAGGAGUCGGAGCAGCGGAGACUAGCAGCGGCGAAAGCCAAGAAGGAGAAGCUGGCCAUUGCGGCCCAGAAGGGGAAGGAGUUGAAGGAGAAGAAGAAGAGGGAGGCCUUCGAGAAGGAGGUCGAGAGGGAGUUGGAGGAGGAGUUGGAGAAGGAUUUGGAGAUGACCAUGGGGAAGAAGAAGGUAACUAUCCCCAAGACCGUCCUGUUCCCAAGAUCGUCUCCUGUUCCCAAGAUCGUCUCCUGUUCCCAAGAUCGUCUCCUGUUCCCAAGAUCGUCCUGUCCCCCAGAUCGUCCUGUCCCCCAGAUCAUCCUGUCCCCUAGAUCGUUCUGUCCUCUGCUCAGAUCGCUGGCAAGUUGCAAGCUAACCCCAGUCACAGAGCGAGCCGCAGGCUAGCUACCAAUUUGGUGCUCCCGCGAAUGAUCAUUCAGACAAUCCGAAAGCCUACUUCACAUUCAGUGGAGCGGCUCACAUGAAUGUUCAGUCCGGGUCUGUUGCAAACCCUCAAUUUGGGGGGGAGCAGCAGCCAAGCUACCAUUUUGGAAGUGAAUUCUUGGCGACUGGUCAACCUGGCCAGUCCCAAGCUGCCUAUCAAUCCGGAGAUGGUGCCCUCAGGAUGUCGGAGCUGGCCGACCCCCAGUUUGAAGGUGAGGCUAUGGCAGGCGUUGAAUUU